CUCACAUCUCCUACGAUGUCGAUACGAUGGGAUUGAGAACCCUGAAGGGCUUCCAUGAACAGCUCCACUUCGUGUCCAUGAAGAGGAAUUUUGCUCGGGCCCAGAACAGUCAUGUUGGGGGAAAUGGGCCACGUCGCUCUUGGCUUCACAAGCAGCAAUCCAUUUUGGUGGCCUUUGACCGACGAUCAGCAUUUUUAUCAUCACCGCCUCGAGGAGCCCACAGAGUCCAAGACGGUUUCCCCGGCGCGGGCUCUUGGACGGUUGAUGGAUGGAUUGAUUGCAGGGCCGUUUUUGUUUACAGGGUUUGCUUGCCCACGUUACACCGUUCCUGGAUUGGACUGCACGCAUCCAUGCAAGAUAAGCACUUCAUCCGAUGCCAUCAUGCUCUUGUUCUACAGGACGUCACAGCUGCCUGCCGAGUCAGGGGCUGCCAGCCGACAACACGAACGGAGGUUGCCACGAUCAUCAUGCAGCUAA